GUCUCAGUCUUCUCUCUGCUGCAGCCGUGCCGGGCCUGACUGGCCCGACAAACCUCGGCAGUCCCAGCAAAACAAACGCUGCCCAGCAGGUGCCCUGCGAGCGGGGCGCUUCGGAGCGCUACAAGCCGCAUUGCCACCACAGCCAUUUCUGGGAGCCAGGAAGAACCACAGCAGCAGUGUGGAGAGUGCUUCUCUUUCUGCAGCCCUGCAAGGCCAGGGUGUACAACAGCAACUAGAUAGUAUCAAUGCACGGCACAGGAGAUGGUUUCCUGUUGAUGUUGGUUUCGAGUUGAUGACCAAGCUGAUAACAGAGACACCUGACCAGCCAAUCCCAUUUCUUAUUGAUCAUCUUCAGUCCAAACAAGGGAACCGCGGUCAGCUUCAGAGAACAUUGUCUGGCUCUGCUGCCCUUUGGGCAGAGAGUGAAACAUCAGAAAAUAAAGGAACGAGGAGAGAUUUUAGAAGUUAUGAUAAACCUUGGCAGGUAAAUGCAAAAAAGCCUAAAAAGUCAAAGAGCGACCUUGCCGUGUCCAACAUUUCUCCACCGUCACCGGAGUCCAAGUCAUUGCCAAGGUCAAUAGAGCAUCCUAAAUGGGAUUGGAGGACAAAACCGGAGAACCAUGAUUUUGAUGAACUAAAUCAUAUUCUUCAAGAGAGCAAAAAACUUGGAAAAGCCCUUGAGAAUCUUUCUCGCA